AUGGAUAAUUCUAUUUUUCUUCCUAAAUUUUUUACAAACUAUAAAUUAAAUAUACUUGUUCACAGGCUCUCCGGAUUCACAGCUUGGGACGUGCAAGUGGUGGUCUUAUUAUUGGUUAUAAAAACAAUCUCGACUGCGAGAUUCUUGAUUCAUCUCCCUGGUGGCUUUUCGCCAGAUUUUCUGCUGCCAACUAGGAUUUUCGACCUUUCCCCUCAUCUUGACUUGUUACAGGAUGUCAUUUCGGACAUCCAGCACAAAUACCCGGCAGCAGCAUUAUUUAUAGGUGGGGAUUUCGAUGCGCGUGUAGGUGAAGCUGACUAUAUUCAGGAAAAAGCCCUCACGGGCACUGUUCUAACGUCACUCCGUACCUCCUCGGACCGCGUUCUUAACUCCAGGGGGUCGCAGAUUUUUGAUUUCUUUCAAACAAGCGGUUUUAUUCUUCUCAAUGGCAGAACCACUGGUGAUGUCCCGGCUCAAUUUACCUACUGCUCAGCCAGAGGCAAAUCUAAUAGAUUAACUAUUUGGAUAAAUGAGACUAAGGCACUACCCGAGGAACAAGCCGGCUUCAUCGCUAAAAGAAGCUGUGAUGAUAAUAUAUUCACUCUACUCGCGACUAUACAACUCAACCUGUGCAACAGGAAGAGCCAGCUGCACGGCCUUUUCGUUGACUUCCGGAGGGCUUUCGACUCUGUGCCCUACGACCUUCUUUGGAAAAAAUUAUUCAACUUGGGAGUUAGCCCCAAGCUUAUUAAAAUCCUAAGAAAUCUUUAUAACCUUGCAAAGUUUCAAGUCAAAUCUGGACAUCACCUCUCCAAUAAGUUUGACAUAACUGAGGGGGUCUUACAGGGAGAAAUCCUCAGCCCGACCCUCUUCAUCUUAUAUCUACACGACAUAGUUGACUUCUUUAGAGCAAGGAGGGUCGUGGGUACCAGGAUAGACUGCUCUCAUGAUCUAUUAAUGCUUCUGUAUGCGGAUGAUUUAAUAAUACUGGCCUCUUCUGUGGGAGACCUGCGCAAGAAAUUAGUAAUCCUAGAAGAUUACUGUAGGAUAAAUGCUCUAACUGUAAACAUCCAAAAAACUAAGGCUAUGAAUUUUAGAAAAGGUGGCCCAGGGGAGAAGACGAAGCUGCAUCUUAACGGUGAAUUGAUAGAGUGGACUGAUCAUUACAUGUACUUAGGACUUCCUUUCACCACCUCAUCACUAGGGCUGCUGGCCUCAAAAAAUGCCUCCCAGAGGGCCAAAACAGCUGUUGGAGCAGCGAUCUCCACUCUCGCCGCAAUCAAAGCUGAUUCUUGGGAGAGCAUGCUUAAAAUCUUUGAUAGCAUUGUGGCCAGCACUCUCUUAUAUGCCUCACACAUAUGGGGGCUUCGUUACCUUAAUCAUAUUGAAAUAACUCAGUUUUCUUUCUUCAAGCGUCUUCUUUUUCUCCCACUCGGCACGCCCAGUGCUGAUCUUAAACUAGAACUAAGGAUAAGAAAUGUAAAGGUUCAGGUUCUUAAGAUGGCCCUGAGUUGGGUCUGUAAAGUUUUGGACAUGCCCAAUCAUAGACUACCCAAGAUUUGCCUGCUGCAAUUAAUUAAGCUUGCAAAAAAUAGAGACACUAAUCUAAAAUAUAACUGGGUUUUACAACUUAAAGAGGUCCUGGACGCCUUCAAGGCACCUACGACUCUCUGGGAUAACCUCUCCAGCUCUUUCUGGAGAAGGCAUAUCAACAGCAUCCUCAGCUCCUACUCUGACCAUCUUACAAGCGUGGAUCUAGAUAAAGUUAAUUCUAGUCGUUCUUGCCAAAUUCACAUACCCAGAUCGCUCAACUCGGACACAGCUAAUUACCUAUAA